AUGUGUUUACCAAAAUUCACAGAAUUUCUAGAUUCUUCGAUUGACGAACAAACAAAAGUGCUUGGCACAUUGUUCGAGCAUAGUGAUUCUUUAAUAUGGUUCACCCUUAAGAACAAGAGCUUCAUGACUCGUCACUGGGCUGGGUACAUAUCCUUUAUUGAAAGUAUUCGCCAGCGGUUGCUUGAAUUGUGCGAUGACACUGAGCGUGAAGGGAUAAGCUCCAGGGGCGUGGAUCAUUUGGCUAAUAUUAUAGCUGCCCACCCUAAACUAGGCGAACCCAAGCAGCAGUUGUCCUUACACUCAUUGGACGAACAAAAGAAUCUUACGAAUGAUGAUACUCCUGAGGUUCAACAGGCACUCAGUGCUUUAAAUAGGGAGUAUGAGAAUAUCUAUGAAGGCCUACGGUUUGUGGUGUUUGUCAAUGGCCGAUCUAGACCUGAAAUAAUAGAUGUGAUGAAAAGAAGAAUAAAUUCCGGGAAUACAUGGUAUGAUGAAGCACGUUUGGCAAUUAGAGAAAUGUGUGAUAUAGCAGAAGACAGAGCUCGGAAAUAUGCACCUGAGUGCCAAAUCCACCGAAUGUAG